UGUCCCAAAACCUGUCCCGGCGACAUGUUCUGCGGGAAUCGCCGUAUCACUAACGGGGAGUUCCGAACGGUCCGGGUCGUGGAAGCGGGUCGCAAAGGCCGGGGACUCGUCGUGGAAGAAGACGUCGACGUCGGGGAUAUGAUUUUGGAAUACGUCGGCCGCGCGGUGCCCCAAAAACAACUCGCCAAGUACUUUCGACGUUACCAACACGAUCGUCGGUUGUACAUUAUGAGUUUGGGAGACGGUAUUUACAUCGACGCACGCUCGAAGGGAGGUCUGGCUCGGUAUAUUAACCACUCGUGUGAACCCAACUGCCAAGUCCAGCGCUGGAAGGUCAAGGGCGUACUACGUGCCGUCGUCGUCCCGACCCGCAGCCUCUCUGCCGGUACGGAACUCACGUUUGAUUAUCAGUGGGAACGACAACGGGGAAGGGCCGCCACCAAAUGCUACUGUGGGACGCCGUCGUGUCGAGGGACGCUGGAAGUCAUCCCC